AGCCACGCCCAUAGCAACGGGGCGGAGCCACGCCCAUAGCAACGGGCCCCCAGGGCGGCGGGCCGGGCUGCGUCCCCAGGCCGUAACGCGGGGCCUCCCCUCCCCCCCCCCGCUCCGAGCGGCCUUUAAUGAGUCACCUUCGUUAAUAUUGCAGUGCAGAUCGAUGGAUGCGGGGGGGGGGGGGGCCGUUAAUUACCUGCAGGGGGGUAAUUACCGCCUGGGGGUGGAAUGGAGCUCGGUUAGGGGUGCGCCGAGGGGGGAAUGGGGGAGGUUGUGGGAAACGGCGCAAAAAAUGUGGGGAAAAUGGGGCAGGAAGGGGGGAAUGGUUGGGAAGAAAAGGGUGGAGGGGAGGGGAAAGAGGGGAGAGGGAUUGGGGAGAAAAGGAGGAGGAAGAAAGAGGAGAGAUGGGGAAAAUGAGGAGAUGGUGGGGAGAAGGGGAGGAAAUGGAGGAGAAAGGGGAAAAAUGGAGGAGAAAGGGAAAAAAGGGGGGAAAAGGAGCAAAACCCGAGGAAAAGGAGAGAGAAAAAGGAGGAGGAAAAGAAAAGGUGACGGAAAAGGGGAAAAAUGAGGGAAAAGGAGAAAAGAUGGGGAAAAAGUGGAGGAAAAAAAAGGAAAAUGAAAAAAGGUGGAAAAAAGGUGAAGAGGGGAGAAAAAGGGGAAAAUGUGGAAUAGGAAGAGGGUGGGAGGGGGGAAAGCAGGAGAACGAAUGGAGAGAGGGAGAAAAGAUGGAAGAGGAGAGAAAAUGGGGGGAAAAGGAGAAAAAACGGGAAAAAUGAGAGAAAAAAUGAGGAAAUAUUGGAGAACUGGAGAAAAUAUGGAGGAGAUGAGAAAAUAUUGGGGAUAAAUGAGGAAAUGUUGGGGGAAAGAGAAAAUGCUGGGGGAGAAGAAAUGGUGGGGAAGAAGAGGAAAUAUUGGAGAAGGAGAAAGAAAAUGGAGGAAAAAGGGGAAAUGGUGGAGAAGAAGAGGAAAUAUUGGGGCAGAAAAGAGAAUAAAGAGGAAAAAGAGGAAAGAUGGAGGAAACCAUUGGGAAAGAAGGGAAAAUGGAGGAGGAGAAGAGAAAACGUUGGAGAUGAAAAGGAUUUGUAGGGGAAGAAGAGAAACUAUUGGGGAAAAACGAUCAUAGGGGGAAAAGAGAAAAUAUGGGGGAGGAAGAGAAACUAUUGGGAAAGAGGAGAGAAUAUGGAGUGAAAAGAGAAAAUAUUGGGGGAGAAAAUAAAACGUUGGAGAAGAAAACAGAAUAUAGAGGGGAAAGGUAAAACAUUGGAAAGAAGAGAAAAUACUGGAGAGGAAAAGAGAAUAUGGAGUAAAAAGAGAAAAUAUUGGGGAGGAAAAGAGAACAUAGGAGGAAGAGAGAAAAUAAUUGGAGGAGAAGAGAAAACGUUGGGGAAAAAGGCAAAUUUUGGAGGAGGAAUAAUGGAGAAGAAGAGGAAACGUCGGGGAAGAGAAGAGAGGAGAAGAAGAGGAACGGAUGGAGGAGAAGAGAGGGAAGAUGGAGGCAGCCGUGUGGGCGCGUGCCAAGGGAGGAGGGCAGGGGGGGGCAGGGCGGCCCCACAUCCCCAACCUGCCGUCGCUGCCCCCCGCCCGCCGCGGGCAUGCAGGGCAUGGAGCUGUGCGCCGUGGCCGUCGUCAUCCUCCUCUUCAUCGCCGUCCUGAAGCAGUUCGGCAUCCUGGAGCCCAUCUCCGUGGAAGACACCAGUGACGGCGACGUGGAGCUCUCGGCAGCCCGGCACCAACCCGAGGGGCUGGAGGAGCUGCAGGCACACACCAAGUUCACCAAGAAGGAGCUGCAGUCCCUCUACCGUGGCUUCAAGAACGACUGUCCCAGCGGCCACGUGGACGAGGAGACCUUCACGCUCAUCUACGCGCAGUUCUUCCCGCAGGGAGAUUCCAGCGCCUACGCUCACUUCUUGUUCAACGCCUUCGAUGCGGACGGCAGCGGGGCGCUCUGCUUCGAGGACUUUGUCGUCGGGCUGUCCGUCCUGCUGCGGGGCACGGCGCAGGAGAAGCUGAACUGGGCUUUCAACCUCUACGACAUCAAUAAGGACGGCCGCAUCACCAAGGAGGAGAUGCUGGAGAUCAUGAAAUCCAUUUAUGAUAUGAUGGGCCGCUGCACCCUGCCUGCCCCGCGGGACAGCGCGCCUGCAGAGCACGUGGAGCAGUUCUUCCAGAAGAUGGACAGGAAUGGGGACGGCGUGGUGACCUACGAGGAGUUCCUGGAGACGUGCCAGCAGGAUGCGGACAUCAUGAGCUCCAUGCAGAUCUUUGAGAACACCAUUUAGAGCACAGGGAUCCCAGGAUGGCCGUGGUGGGACACGGCGUGAGAGAUGUUGCAAAUGAAGAGGAACCCUUAAUAAUGAGAAGAAGAACCUCAAUAAUGAGAAGAAGAACCUCAAUAAUGAGGAGAAACCCUUAAGAAGAAGGAUGACGUGGCCAGCUUGCACACUGGAC